CUUUGUUUUAACACAUGCAGCCGGUGUUUGCAUUGAUUCCUGCAGGGAGGCUGUGAGGAUGCAGGGAAUACCCUCCUGUCCUCAUGCAAAUCAGCUCCGCGCGCGGCUCUUUGAUGCAGUUGCAUCAACAGGCUGAAUGCAGAUCUCGCGGUGGAGUUUGUCUUUCGGAAGCUCACAGCUGACUGUCGCGCGCGCGCGCUCCAAAUGUUUAAUUCAUCUGUCCGUGGCGCGUGCGAGCUGUCCCCUGCAUCCCGCGCGGACCUCACAAACAGCAGGAGCAUCGUCCAUGUGGGCGUCAUGCUGCGGGCUGCUGAACGAGGUGAUGGGCACCGGGACGGUGCGGGCACAACAGCCAGGGUUUGGAGCUGGGGCGGGACCCUUUCGCUUCGCCCCGAGCGCAGGGUACUCCACCUACCCCCCCACCAGCGCAGGGAGCGCCGGGCAGCUGUGCAAGGCCUGCGGACUCGCCUUCUCUGUGUUUAGACGCAAGCACAUCUGCUGUGAUUGUAAGAAGAGCUUCUGCGCUCUGUGCUCGGUGCUGCAGGAGAACCUGCGCUGCUGCACGACCUGCCACCUGCUCCGCGGCACAGCCUUCCAGCGCCCUCGCCUCAUGCAGCUCCGAGUGAAGGACCUGCGCCAGUACCUGCUGCUGCGCAACAUCCCCACCGACACCUGCAGGGAGAAGGAGGACCUGGUGGACCUGGUGCUGUGUCAUCAGAGGACGCGGGAGAGCCCCAGACCGGUGAUGGAGGAGGAGGAAGAGGAGGAGGAGGAGGAGUCGGACGAAGAGGAGGAGGACUCGCAUGAGGAGGAAGAGGAAGGGGGAGCUGACACAGACAGUCUGCACUCGCUCCCCCACUCGCACGCCGCCUCGCCCCCCUGCGCCACUCGCUCCGCCUCUGAACAGUCGGUCCUGUCCGUCUCUCAGGGGGACGCGCUCAGCCCGAGCGACAGCUCAGGGACCACCAGCCAGGAGCACGAGGAUACUCCGACCGCCUCUCUCCUGAACCUGGAGAACUCUGAAAACAUCUUAGAGGUCAGCCCAGCCACGCAGAGGAGGAUCAGAGCCUCGCUGUCGGACCUUGACAACGAGGAGGCGAUAGAGAACCUCUCCGUGCGCCAGCUGAAGGAGAUUCUGGCCAGGAACUUUGUCAAUUACUCUGGCUGCUGUGAAAAGUGGGAGCUGCUGGAGCGAGUGCAUCGCCUCUACAGGGAGAACGAGCAGAACAGGAAAUCCUUGGAAAACGUGAGCAUAACAGCAGUGGUUGCAUAUCCUCCACCUCUCUGCAACAGUGGAGUUGGAGAUGGUGUAAAAGCUCAGCUGGCGGCGGAUGAAAACCUGUGUCGCAUCUGCAUGGAUGCCAUCAUCGACUGUGUCUUACUAGAAUGCGGUCACAUGGUAACCUGCACCAAAUGUGGCAAAAGGAUGAGCGAGUGCCCCAUCUGCAGGCAGUAUGUAGUGCGAGCUGUGCAUGUCUUCAAGUCCUAGGACUCUCGGAGUGGCCCUCAGGCGUCAACCACGACCUGCUGUGCAUGGUGUCUCACAGCGUCCAGGCGUGAGCAGAUUUCCUGGUCUAUAGCAGCAGACUUUUUUGCCUCUGGCCUUUCACAGUCUCCCCCCUCUUAUCCAUAUCUCUGCUCUGAAACUCCUCCUUCAGUCAAGAGCAGAAACUCCUUCCAACGUCGCUCUCCGCUCUCUUGAAGGAGGUGGUUUUGUCCUAAAAACUAAUGUGAUUCCAGGGUUAGAGUCAAUAUGGUUUACACAGUCACGCGACAUGACACUGUGUUAUCUCCUUCAGUGUACUUUAGGAUGUGCAAUAUCAAAGAAGAAGAAAUGUACUUUUAGAAAAUGUCUUUCUGUCUGUCAAACACCACACGAGCUGAUCUUCUCACACAGGAGCGUGUUGGGUGCCAAACAUCGGCCGAUAGUGGGUGCAGUAUUUGAUUAAAACGUCACAGCAAGCGUUUCAUAACCGUGUGAAUAUUUAUUUUCCUUUUAAGUUUGGACAUAUUGGAAUUCCAGCAUGCUUGUGUAAACUUUUUUAACACUUGCUAUGUUUAAGAUUGUCCAUGUUUUCCUCCAUUUGGCUGGCAUUCUACGGAGCCCCCACAGUUCCAAAUAAUUGACUUUUAUUUAUUUUUUUCUUCCUUGUAAGCGCAAGAAAACUUGUUCCCCAAAUAUAAAUAUAUAGACAUAUUUUUUUGUAAAACUGAAAAUGAAAUUUUUGGUACUCUUGGGGCUCCGUACACUCAUGUUACUGUUCAAAUGUUGAUGGAAAAUGUUGUUUUUUAAGUUAGGUUGUCAGAAGUACUUUUUGAAUAGCUGGUUUGUAUCCAACCUUAUAUAAAAUGCCAUUGUUAUUCAAAACCCAUUAACCUUUUAGCAAACUUUGAGAUUAAGAUCAUUUGUCAAUUUAAAAAGAAUGAACUUUCAUCAAGCAAUAUCAUGUCAUUUUAGAGUCCACUGGGGUUUUUGAUUGUCCUUUCAUGUCAGAUCUAGAGCAGAUAACAGGUGCUACUUCCUUGUUUUAUUUUGUGUAACUGCAGUGUCGUUGAGGCAAUUUGCCGUGGAUCUGUCUCCCACGGCGAGAAGAAGAGGUAGCCAUAUUUACUGAAGCCUGUUAUGCAAAUGAAACACACGAAAUCCACUUCACUGGGAUGUUACUAAAAUAUCUGUUCUGUCGGCCUGUGUCACGUCCAAACAAACUGCGCAAUCUCAUAAAUCGCUUCUAUGGUUGUUUACUGAUAAGUUAUUAAAUGUAUAUUUUUUCAUUGACUUGGGAGACUCAUGAUUUCAAUUCUACUAAUGAUGAAGGUUUACAAAUAAAGCUAUACUGUUUCUGAAUGUA